AAUCAUUAAAAGGUGUAGUAUCACAUUUCAUCAGUCCGGGAUUGCCACCGAUGUGCGCACAAGUGAACAACUGAUUCAGUUGGGCAUUGAAAGAAUGCGUGUUCCAAUAUUUUUGGGGGCAAUUGCAUUCAUCAACCUUCUCAUGUAUUCAGAAUCCCAAGAGUUGGUACCAAACCGAACUGAUGAAAUCAGGCUCAACUCAACAAUUGGAUUCCCGAAUGAAACGAAGUUUGCAGAACGUUCUCUUGGGAACGCCACUUUUGCGUCAACAAACCCCUGUGCCCAUCUAAACAUUUCCGAUUGCUUUGAAUUAAUCACCAAAGCCAUGGAUGAAACGGAGCAAAUGCUUGAUUUGGCCAAUGCCACACUCAGAGGAGAGGCAACCAUUCUCCACGAUCAGCAUACCAGUGAAAAAGAUCACGAGCCUGUGGCUAAAGCGGGAAAUGGACCACAACAACAACAUUUAUCAGAUCAAAAAUCUCGUGAGGAGGACAUGUUUGUAGAGAACAAUCUGGGCUCCAUUUUCCCUUUUGCCACCAACCCGAUGGAUGCUGCCAAAAUAAUCGAAUCACAAAGUGUGAUGAUGGCAGCGCCAGCAGCGUUGUCACAAAAACAACCAUCUGACCUUUUCGAUGAAGACCAAAUAGAGUCUGAUACGAAGCGAGACCGGACACAGGAUGAGCAAGAACAGCAACAACGACAGCUUUUGCAACGGCUCCAGCAACAGCAGCAACUCCAGAGAGCAAUUUCUCCACCACAAAUGGGCAAACAAAAUUCCAAGAGGCGCAAAAGAGCUCUUCCACAAAAGGCUCAUGGUGGCAGAAGAGAAAUGGAACACCCCAAAUGGAAUUUCCCACUUGAAGUGCGCCAGAAUCAAGUCGCUUUCCAAAGGGCGAGACGAAAUAAUCACGAGGAAGAUCAAAGGCAACAACGACAGCUUUUGCAACGGCUCCAGCAACAGCAGCAACUCCAGAGAGCAAUUUCUCCACCACAAAUGGGCAAACAAAAUUCCAAGAGGCGCAAAAGAGCUCUUCCACAAAAGGCUCGUGGUGGCAGAAGAGAAAUGGAACACCACAAAUGGAAUUUCCCACUUGAAGUGCGCCAGAAUCAAGUCGCUUUCCAAAGGGCGAGACGAAAUAAUCACGAGGAAGAUCAAAAGCACCAGGAAAAGCAGGUCAAGGACAGUAAAAGGUUGGAAAAUGACUUCAAUUUGGUCAGAAUCUUGACGAACAAAGAAGAACAGGAACCAAAAUCUAGUGAAACUCAACAAGAGUUCGAGAUUACAUUGCAUACAGAAAAGUUUGAAGAUUUCCUUCGCCAUGAUCCAACGCUUCCCCAGAAAUGGAGACGAGAGCUAAAUAACACCGAGUUAAGGAAUGAAUUUGUCUACCCAGUUCUAAUGGCUGACACUUUGAAGGACAUAAAUAGCAUGCACUCUUCGCUUCGUGUGCUCAAUAAAGUGAGGCAUGAAAUCGAAGCUACUCUAAAUCCUCAUAAAAGAUUCCGACGACGGUCGAGUUUACUCGACUUUCUAUCCAACCCAUGGGAGGGAGGUGGAUUUCAGCCCACAGACUCAUUUUUGGCUCAAUGGGCCUCAGAAUUAAACGAUUUGUCAAAGUCCAAUCCAGGGAAUGGAACGCGGCCCAAAGCGGGAGAGCUGAAAAACAACACAACCAAGAAGAAUGACCAUCCCAAAGAAAUCUCGUUGGGUCCACUCAAAACAAGCAUCAAGGGAUUGGUCCUCAAAGUAAUCUUGGCAGGCGAUUCAAAUUUAACAAUGGGUCAAUUGGUGGAUGAGAAUCUCGUUCCACUUAGAUUGGCCACGAUGGAAAGGCAGGCCCAAGAGAAUAGCACCCAAGUUGGGGACAAUCAAUCGGUAACUGAGCCGUCUGCUUCCUCUACUACUCCUGGUGUUUCUCCGCCUCCGCUCACAGCCAACCCGACAGCAUCCGGUGGGAUGUGGCAAAGUGAACUGAACAACUCACUUGAGGCCUCUCAAUCGAACGCCAUUGAAAACAGCGAGAAAUUAGUAGCCAAUACCAGCUCCAACCAUGUGUCCACGAGUGCCAAUGAGACUGUACCAUUUCAAGACGUCAGCAAUCUCAAACAUUGGGAGGACGAUGGACUUGAUUUGAAACAUAUGCCUAGCUUGAUCAUGCCCGAGUUCACCUAUCAAGACGACCAGGACAGUCAGCACAUGAGCCCAGAACCAUACUUUCCAAUGAGGAUGACGUGGGAGGAGGAAGAAGACGCGGAGGAAGAGGGUGACAAUGUCUUGGAUGGUUCUUUCGAUUCAAUCACAAAAGAUUUGGAAACGCGCUUUCAAAGAGAGAACCAUUUUCUCCCCAAGACUCCACAAAACAAUCGUCGAGAUCCGAGACACAUGCAUUUCCACUUCAAUACGAACUGAGGCAUCAAAAUCAAUUUCCACCUUCAUGCUUAGAAUGCUGUUUUUGUCCUCGAUUAAAUUGCUCGGUCAUGAUUAGACACUUUCUGCGUAGUGAAGACAGACGGGAUUUAAAAGUCGAAAAAUCUAACGCGCUGCAAAAAUGCUUGAUCAUGAUUGUACCUUCUCUACUGUGCUACAGCCCCAAUUUCACAUACCUAAUAAAGAGUAAACUCAA